AUGGUAGAUGCAGGGUGGCUUGAGGAGGGGAGGAUGCUGAGCAGGGUCGUGUCUAUCUUCUCCAUCGUGGUGUUUGGCUCCAUUGUGAACGAGUGCUACGUGAACAAGGACGGCCCCGAGCUGCUCUGCAUCUUCAAUGAGAAUGAGAGUGCCUGCAGCUACGGCAUCGCCGUGGGUCUCAUUGCCUUCUUUGGCUGUAUCUUCUUCUUUGUGGUGGACCUCUACUUCCAGCAGAUCAGCAGCGUGAAGGACCGCAAACGGGCCGUCCUGCUGGACCUGGGCUUUUCAGGUUUCUUGUCCUUCCUUUGGUUUGUAGCCUUCUGCUUCCUAACAAACCAGUGGCAGCGGACGACGAUGACCAAAGCAGUUUCUGUAGGAGCAGAUGCCGCCCGGGCAGCAAUCACCUUCUCCUUCUUCUCCAUCAUUGUCUGGGUGGCACUGGCGGGGCGGGCCCUGCAGAGGUACCGCCUGGGGACCGACAUGUCGCUCUUUGCCACCGACCAGUUCCCGGCCGAGCCCGGCACCGCCUACCCCGGGUACCCCGCGGGCAGCGGCAUCGAGAGCACAGAGACCUACCAGAGCCCCCCCUUCAGCGAGACCUCCGAGGCCAACCCCAAAGGUUACCAAGUGCCAGCCUACUGA